AAUAGAAUUGACACGACUUUUCGCAAUUUUGCUUACUCAUAUAUUGCAGGAGAAUCUCUUCGUUUUCUUUUAUUAAUUAAGCAAGCAAUAGUGUCUUGUGCAACGUAUGGUUAUAAGAUAUCUAAUGCGCGCAAUUAUUAAUGGAAAGAAAUAAAGAUACAUAUAUAUCAUGCCAUCUUUGAGAUUAAUGUCAUUUUCGUAAUCUUUUUUCUGCAAUAACAAGUAAGAGAAAAUUUCAUUUUUUUCCUGACGGGAUACAAUUGAAUUUGUGUGUUGCGAGUGUGUUCAAUCGGUGUACAUAGAAAUUAUAAUAGAUCAAGAUUCAUACAUGACUAUAGUCGAUUUUUCAUCGUUUUAUCAACGAAUAUUAUUAUUAUAAAUUUCCUUACAGGAAGGUAAUGAAUCAUUAGACAAGAGUCGCGUACGGGCGUCAUCCGUCAUAGCGAUAUAUUAUGCGACAUGGUAGGGCAUAUAACGUACGAUAUAUAAUACGGUACUGAACCCGAUAGUAAAGAAAACAAAGGAAAAGAAAAGAAUCGACGCGAGUCUACUUAACGCAACGCUCGAUUGGCAAAUGUUGGCAAGCUUUGACGACGACGCGAGUGACGAGACGACAAAGCCAAAGCGAAACGCAGCGCGGAACCGCUUGGAAUCCUCCGUAUUCCAUGGCGCCGUCGCCGUUGCCGUGGUGCGAGGCGCCCAUGUGAGUCGCUGCAGCCCUGGCUUUCUGGAAAUCGUCAGCGGUCCGGGGCCAUUAAACGCGUUAUAUGUGUCUUGCAAUUUGAUCCCGCGGCGCUCACAGUGCAGUGCCCUGAUCGGAGAGUAAUUUACGCGAAUUCCUGGGCAUCCGGGUCUCUGUGCGGCGCUAGACCUUCUGGGUUCCUUCUCACGCCCGAUGCCACCGUUGUCCCUCCGCUCCCGUUGUCGCGCAGCAUCCGACACACUCGUCGAACCGUACGUCGACGGUCGACGGUCGACGGUCACUAGGAAGACGGUGUGCGCGCACACAGCAUUGUCUUGCCGAUUCUUCGAAUAAAUAAAUGCAAGUUUCUGAGUAAUGCAGGGCAUGAUGCCGGUUAAGACAAAAUCACGUGUUCCCGAAAAUAUGGGGGUCACAGGUGGACUGGUGGAUGCCCGUGCUAAGCAAGUUUUAAGAGAGGCCGUAGAUGCAGUCGUUAAUAGCUUUGCAAAACAUAGUCAAGGUUAUGGCAGAGUAAAUGUUGUGGAAGCAUUGCAAGAAUUUUGGCAGAUGAAACAAGCCAGAGGAACAGAAUUGAGAAAUGGUGCACUAGUUAUUUAUGAAUCCGUUCCUGGCGCCAAUCCACCUUACAUUUGCUAUGUAACGCUUCCUGGAGGAUCUUGUUUCGGAAGCUUUCAAAACUGUCCCACAAAGGCAGAAGCACGCAGAUCAGCUGCAAAAAUCGCGCUAAUGAAUUCUGUAUUUAAUGAACAUCCAUCGCGUAAAAUUACCGAUGAUUUUAUUGAGAAAGCUGUUGCAGAGGCAAGGGCUAGCUUUGCCAAACCUUCAGCAACGUCAAAUGGAGUUGGUAGCACAGCACAAGGAAGUGGUGACGAGAAAGAAGAUCCAAACACAGGUAUAGGUGCGUUUCGUUUUAUGUUGGAAUGCAAUCGUGGAAGAACAAUGUUGGAAUUCCAAGAGCUAAUGACAGUCUUUCAAUUGCUUCAUUGGAACGGCUCUUUAAAAGCCAUGAGAGAGAGGCAGUGCAGCAGACAGGAAGUAGUUGCGCAUUAUAGUCAUCGGGCAUUGGACGACGAUAUGCGUAGCCAAAUGGCGUUAGACUGGGUUGCUAGAGAGCACGAGAGUGGUGGCGGGAUCGUGGCAAUGGAAUUGGCCUUGGCCGAGCGUGAACUUGAAACUGCCCGAUUAGCGGGACGAGAACUUAGAUUUCCAAAAGAAAAGAAAGAUAUAUUAAUGCUCGCACACGCGCAGGUCUGUCCGCAGUGAAUUCUAACACAAACGUUGUUGAGAUAAAUAACGCAUAAGACUGGUCUUUCGCGAAGAAUAAGUUUUGAGAAAGAAAAAAAAAAUAGUUAAAUUUAAAAUUGCUUUAUGAAGACCGUUUUUACUUUUAAUUCUUUUUAAGGCCUAUUUUGUGGCGAAAAUAUUCCGUCCUUUUUAUAUAAAGCACAUUUCUUUAUAGAGCUUUUCUUUAUAAAGCAUUUCUGGUGAUAAUAGAUCUUAAAUGGGAUAUUUUGAUAUAUAGAAAUACUUUAGUAUAUAUAAAAAAUUCGUCUAAGAGUUACAAAGGUAUACACUUGCAUUUUUACAUAUAUACAAGUUUACUUAUAUGUGUAUAUAUUUUGGGCUUUGUCUUCCAUUAUCUAUAUUUCGGAAAAUAUUUCUGCUUAAUCGUUAAGAGUACAAUUCGGUCAAUAGGAUCGGCAGACGUAAUUUCACAAUGCACGUUCGGAAUUGAAAAAGGAUAUAAAAUAUGUGCGCGCGCGCGUGCGUGUGAUAUUCACAAUAAUUGUAAACUAUAAACAGAAUUUUUAAGAUAAAAUUUUAAGAUAACGAUUAUACAAACAGGGUAGGUAUAUAUAAAAGCGACACAAUUCAUUUUUAUGAUUUAUACGCUGAGACUAUAAAUUUUAAAUAACUUACAUUACGUAUUAUAAACGGAAGGAAACUAUUAGUACACAACAAUAUUCUUUAAGUGAAACGGUUUUUUAUAUUUUGCAAGUUAAAUACUUGCUUUUAUCAAUAUAUCACGCUUGAAAAUAUACUGAAGAAAUAGAUUAUAUCAUUCUAAUACUCAUUCACAUAUUGCUGUUAUAAAUCAGUAUGUUUUAUAUAUGCCAAUUUGAAAGUGAAUAUAUCACUUUCAGUUGAA